CGUUCGUCCAAGGCUGGUCUCGCAUUCCCAGUCGGUCGUGUCCACCGUCUCCUCCGCAAGGGCAACUACGCUCAGCGUGUCGGUGCUGGUGCUCCCGUCUACCUCGCCGCUGUCCUCGAAUACCUGGCUGCUGAGAUCCUCGAGUUGGCUGGCAACGCCGCCCGUGACAACAAGAAGACCCGUAUCAUCCCACGUCACUUGCAAUUGGCCAUCCGCAACGAUGAGGAGCUGAACAAGCUCCUGGGCCACGUCACCAUCGCCCAGGGUGGUGUCCUCCCCAACAUUCACCAGAACCUGCUCCCCAAGAAGACCACCGGCACCAAGCCAGGCAAG